AUGAUAUGGAAUUCUCGGGGUACAGGUGCGAAGACUUUUCCCAGCCUAGUACAAGAAUUAAAAAAACACUUGUGUUUGGAUUUUGUAGCCAUAGUUGAGACUCGGUCGAAUAAACAAAAUACAGAAAAAAGAAUAGGAAGUCUUGGGUUUCAAGAUUUUGCAUUUAUUGAAGCUGAAGGUUUUAGUGGUGGUAUUUGGUGCCUAUGGAAUGGGGGUGUUCGUAAAGUGGAAGUUGUAGGACGUCAUCAUCAAUUUAUGCAUUUAUCUAUUAACACUGCUAGAUUUGAGCGAUGGUACUUCACUGUGAUCCAUGCUAGCCCUCAUCUAGUGGCAAGACGUAGUUUAUGGAAGGAGCUCCUUCGCAUAGAACGUGGUAUGCAUGACCCUUGUGUAUUAGGGGGUGAUUUUAAUGCUACUUUGUACACUGCGGAAAGAUGUACCACCGCUGAACAUGGGAUCUCUAUUAAUAGAGACUUCUGUAACUGGUUUGAAGAGUCUUGCACGUCAGAUAUUGGCUUUAGGGGACCUUAUUUUACGUGGAAGAGAAACAAUUCUGAAGCACGAUUGGACCGCUUCUUAGCAAAUGAUGAGUGGUGCAGGCUUUUCCCCAAUGCGAGAGUUUCUCAUCUACCUUUUUAUAAAUCAUAUCACCGUCCCAUUCUCCUACAACUUGAUCAUCAUGUUGAAGUCCCUCGUCGGCCGUUCCGCUUUAUCGGAGCUUGGGUUCUACAUGAAGACUUUAACAAUUUUGUCGUUCAUAAUUGGAAUAAUGAGCUGCGGUGGAGCCAUAAUUUGACCCAAUUUACUUCAGCCUGUCAUAAUUGGAAUAAGAAAGUUUUUGGACACAUUGAAGGCAAAAAGAAGAAGCUGUUAAGACGCAUGGACGGGGUGAAUAGAGCCAUUGAAAGAGGGUGGAAUGUGAGUUAUUAUGAAGAUUUACAGACUGAGAUAUGGAAGGAACUUGAAGAUGUCUUAGCAUAG